AGAAAGUUGUGACACCGACCGGGGACUCAGAUCCUGUCUCCGAUGACAAUCUGGCCUCGCGACGCCCCUUCUGCUGCUGCAAGAGCAGUAAGUGCUGCAGAGGAUCAUGAAAUGCUGGCGUGGACCUUUGCCAUCGCCUUGGCGUGUGGCUUCUGGUACCUUAUCAUCCUGGUCGUCCAAGUCAUAGGAUUUACCCAAUUGUACCGCUAUUACUCCUCCAAGCCGAAGCCCGCUGUGUCUCCGACGUUGAAGCUUGAAGACGUUCCACACAUAACGAUUCUUCGACCUGUCAAAGGACUCGAGCCACAGCUCUACGAAUGCCUUGCUGCAACAUUCCGACAAGAUUAUCCCUUGGAAAAGUUGACGAUAUACUUUUGUGUAGCAUCAUUCAGCGAUCCAGCGUUUCCUGUAUUACAGCGCCUGCUGGCAGACUUCCCAAGGUUCGACGUACAGAUAUUCGUUGAAGAAGAAGAUCCGAAUCUGACCGGGCAUGGAGAGGAAACACACAACCUGGGACCGAAUCCGAAGAUCCGGAAUAUGAGUCGAGGGUAUCGAGAAGCUAAAGGAGAUAUCUGUUGGAUCCUUGACUGUAAUGUCUGGGUUGGAAAGGGAGUCGCUGGACGGAUGGUGGACAAGCUCUGCGGAUUCGAGGCACGCGGGACCAAAGCUAUUCCCUACAAAUUUGUCCACCAACUGCCCCUCGUUGUGGACAGUGUAGGGGCAAGCGUAGGAGAAGAAGCCAGGGGACUUCUCAGAGACCACCAUGAAAGCCAGCACGUCUCAUCCACCAACUCAGCAGCAUACGAUGUCCUCUCCCUACCCAAGAACGAGUCAACAUCUGGUACAAUGCUGCGAACCGGCGGCGGUCGUCUCGAAGAAAUGUUUAUGGCCUCUUCCCACGCAAAAUUUUACACCGCAAUAAACACUGUUUCCAUUGCUCCCUGCAUAGUCGGCAAGUCAACCAUGUUCAGGCGAUCCCACCUCAACUACCUGACUUCAGGAGCCUCUCCCUACUGCCCCGGCAUUGACUUCUUCUCCGAGAAUAUUUGCGAGGACCAUCUUAUCGGCGACCUCCUCUGGAGAAAGAAAGUAGGCGAAGAGAAAGCGGGCCAAAAGUUCUACAAGCACGGCUUAGUAUUCGGAGAUCUGGCAAUCCAACCCAUGGCAGGAAUGUCAGUACGAGAGUACAUCGCUCGCCGCGUUCGUUGGCUAAGAGUACGGAAAUGGACCGUCACGCUUGCCACUCUUGUAGAGCCAGGGGUUGAGCCUCUUCUCUGUUCAGCGUAUGGGGCAUUUGCAGUCACCACUCUGCCUUGGUUCCAUUCCGUUUUUGAGAUUCCGCAGACCUGGCAUACAUUUACCGUUUUCUGGCUGAUCAGCGUGAUGGCUUGGAUGAGCAUGGAUACCCUUUUGUAUGCAAAACUUCACUCCGGAGCGUCAGUGGAGCUAGACGAUGACACUCCAUCCUUCACUCGACCUCUGGGACACUCGCGACGACCGUUUAAAGAAUGGUUCGCCGCCUGGGUCGGGAGGGAGUUCCUCGCUUGGCCGAUCUGGGCUUGGGCUUGUCUUGGUGGCACGACGGUGAUGUGGAGGGGCAAGAAGUUUAGAGUCGGGUUGGAUAUGAAAGUUGUUGAGAUCAAGGAUAGGGGUAAGGCUGGCGGUUCUACGCCUGAGUUGGAGAGAGCGAGGUCGAGGAGUAAGGAUAGACAGGAUUGAGACGUAGAGACGAUACGAUAGCUACGUAAUACCUAAUGUUAUGCCCUCAGCUGCCUGUCUCCUGCGUACUUUGAUCUCCAAUGCGAGUUGCGGUGCCACUUUUCCAAUUAUUGCCCUGCUAUUUUACUCUUUUUCAUCCUGAAGUCAUAUUGACCUCAUAUUUCAACACUUCUUCAAGUGAAGAACACGUGUUUCUUUAAUCAAUGAUGCAGCCUUUGAUACCUUCGACUUGGCUCGUUUGUUGUGCAUGAUUCGUAAUUUCAAGUAAUCUGAGACGAGUUGGGUUGUGAUCAAAUGGGGGGAAUGAGUGAGGGGAGGAUUAAAGGGAGACGACGACCCGCGGUAUUUCGGUUACGAGCCGGCUCCCACUAGUCUGUGC